CUCGCCUCGCCCCGCCGCACACACUCCGCCCCGCAUCGCUGCCCUGUGCAUCGGAUGCUGCCUUCGGUAUGGUCCGGCUCCGUUGUUAACUCCGUGGCGCUCGCCUCUCCCGUGGCAAACCGGCUGCAGCAUGUCCCGGGACCGCUUCGGCAUCUUCAGCACCCGGCAUCUGAAGGAUGUGUUGGAGGACGAGGGGAAACUGGCGUCUAUGGUUCAGCUGAGUCCGCAGUUACAGGCGCUUCAGAAGGAGCGGGAAAUAAUCCUGGGCAAUAACCGGAGGAUGGCAGAUGCUAAUCUCAGCAUGCAGCCCUGGCUGGACAACAACAAGAUGCACUUAGCUGACAAAUACCAAGAGUUGCAAGAGAUGGCAGCAGUUUAUAGGGAGAAGCAGAAGAAAGUGGCUGCUUACCUGGAGAGACACAGCCCUAAGUCUGCACUCAAGCUCCUAGAGAGAGACAUGGUCAAAAACGAAGAGGAAUCUGAGGAAAUCACUAAUACAUUUUUGGCUGGCCAGGUGCCGCUGGAUAACUUCCUGCAGAAGUACCACAGGACACGAACGCUUUGCCAUGUGAGAAAAACACAAGUGGAGAAGCUGCAAGAGGUGAUAAGAAAGGACAAGCAGAGUCAGCGGUUGCCACAGAGGCCAGAACAGCGAUUGGCCUUGCACCAUGCCCCUGCCAACCUGAGAAAUGGACCAGUGGGUCACGUGCUGCACCCGCGUCAGGGCUUCAGGCCCGCAAUCGUCGUCACCCCGCAGACCAGCAGUCCCUUCCGUUCACCGUCACCACUUCCUCAGAGCAGGAACCUGCCUCCGCUCAGCUCGCGCGAGCACCUAGCUGCAUCCUCGCAGCCUAACACUCCGUUUGCACCCCUGGCACUUCGCUCAGGCCUGCGCUUGCUGGGCCAGCUUCCAAUAUGGACUCCUCGGCCAUUUAAGAUUCAGCGGGAGUACCCGGUGCAGAAGCAGCCACCCUACCGAUAGGAGCUGACACAGGCCUUCCAAAUCUAGCUCUGUGCAAACCACUGCAGGUGGGGAACAACAGAGUUGUGGACAAAACCGCAUCCAAAAUAUCUCGUUGGGAAAGGAAGGAGAGAAGAGAGUGAGUGAAGGUAGACACAAAAUGCUGUCUCGUCCCGAAACGUCACCCAUUUCUUCUCUCCAGAGUUGCUGCCUAUCCCACUGAGUUAUUCCAGCAUUUUGUGUCCACCUUCGAUUUAAACCAGCAUCUGCAGUUCUUUCCUACACAAGAGAGUGAGUGAUUUAUGUGGAAGACUUUCUUUGGAGGGUCAAUGGAGGAGAAAUGGUCUUUCAGGAUCUCGGAUAGCUCCUGAGCAUGUUUGUAAAACAAAAGGUGGAAAUCCUGUGCGAUGCUGAGCAAGAGGUGCCAAAGGUUUGGUACCAUCGGAUUAAAUGACUGUCUCUUCAUAACUAGUUAAUUCUAGGAUUUGCCAGGAAGAAAUAUUUCAAACUCCCAUUUUACAACAAUGGAUUUUCUACUUUUAUUUUCCGAGGAUCAUUCUCUACGAAUGUAUCGACUUUCCAUGAGAACGACACUAACUGGCCUGGAAUGUACGUCAUGAACGCGUGUGCAAGAAUGUUUCUAUUAUAUAUUUCCUGAUGCCAGUGAAAUGAGUAGCUCUAAAAUGAAGGUCUGUCUGAUUUUAACCUUCUUUGCUCAGAGGUAUGGAUGUCUAAAGAUGACUACACCUUAGAAAUUGGGCUCCCUCCCUUUGGAUCAAUUGGAUCAAUAUUGUUUUGUUGCAGCUCAGUUCUGAAUGGGACUGGAACUGCUCUGGGUUACAGCUGGUGAGUUUGUGUAGACUCUCAAAUGGUAUCGUAAAUGAAACAACGCAAAUAUCUACCUGUCAGAAAACAAAAUCAAGCCCAACUUUUUCAUGCAAUCUCUGGCAAUCGAUUAGAUGAUGGGGAAUUCCUCCUGAGUGCAUCACAAUGGGUGGUUUCUUAUAUUUGAACUAACCAACCUAGUACGAGGGCGACUCUCAGUGUUUGGGAGUAAGUGGCUAUCAGUAAAUGUUCAUUUUGUACCUGGUGCUGCAAAGGUAAAUAGGUGACAUAAAUGCCUCCAAUGUACAUUCUGCAUUUACACUCAUCUCAUGUACGAACACAACAAAAUCCAUCUGACCUUGCAUGAUUUGCCAUAAAUCUUCUUGAAGACCCUGCUCUUCCAUCUGUUUUGGCAAUUUCUGGUUCAUUGUCAAUUUUUGGUUCAUUGUCAAACAGAAAAGUUGAAUACCUGCAACGUUUAAGUAACACUUAGUUGUCCAACAAACAAAACUGAAAAUUAACCUUAUUUCCUGAUCUACAAUGAUCCAUAAUCUAAUCGUGGAAGUGUAAAUGUCACUCUUGGUUUCAAAACCUUCUAUAAAAAAUAGAAAUCAAGUCACUGACAUGAAAUUUGGAAGCAUUUACAAUUCAACCCUUGUGAAUGACUUCAACCAAUUACAAGAGGCAACCCUGACCUGCUUUUGCAUAUUUACAUUAGUACUGGUAAGGAGAUGGGCCAAAUUAGUAGUCAGAUCUCACACUGGUUCUUCACACAACUAAUUGCUUUGAAAAAUCUGCUAGUUCAUCCAAAUCUAAAUAAAAUUAAGUCACAUUAAGUUUACAGCCAGUUUCAGACCUGUUUUGCUUCUGUAUGGAAUUAAUAACUUUUAAUUAAUUAACAAUUACAUUUAUGUGGCUACUCUGCACCUCUGUACCAGCUAGUGUAGGCUUAAAGUGUAUGGGUUCAUGGUUCCUCCUGGUUUGGUCAUGUACUCCCAAGUUAUUCUCACUGGUUGCAGUAGUUGUUUAUAUUUCAUAGACAAGAUCUGUAUAUGAUAUCUUACUCUUUAUUAAGGGCUGCAGGGUUCCAGGAAACAGGACUUCAAUAUAUUAAAUAACCUCACCCUUGAGUACGAAAGAGCACGGAGGCUAAAGGAGCAGUCAACUUGAAUUUAGAACUACUAAGUCGUGAUCCAUUAAUCCUCUGGAAUUCUUUGAGGAAGGAAUUACCGAACUGAACUGAAAUGGAAAUAUAAUAGAUUUAGAAUUUUAGUUGUUUGGUGGUGUGAGACCGUUCGUUGUAGAUACGUGGCAUGGAUCAAAUAGGAUAUGAACUUUGGAAUAAAAUGGUAAGAAAUGGAAGAUGCUGAAGCUUUUGAAUGGAGAAGCUUCUCUGGAAAUAGUAGUAUAUACACAAUUGCGUACUAUGGAUGCCAUUUGAUUGCAGUAGUCUUCCUAUAGGUUUCUGACACUUGCAGCUGACAUCAAGUUAACAAGUAUCAGGGAGAUAAAUAGCCUUCAGAUAGACUGGGAGCACCAAACAGAUGGACCAAUUGUUUUCAGUCAUAUGGGUAGUUUGCUAUUUAAUUAUUUUGUCUCCCAUUUAUUAACAUCCCCAGUUACCAAAUCUUACACCGACUAUUACUGUAUACUCAUUGGAUAACGCAUUUUCUUGCAAUCUUUAUUCAUUACUUCUCAGACUCUUUGUGUGUCAACUGGUUCUUACUGCCCUCAAAACCUAUUUCUUUGUUUGGCAGGUGGAUUUUAAUACAGAUUUACCACUGACGACCUGUGGACCAAUAUUGAAAAAAAACUAUGCAAUAAAAUGUUAAGAUCAGAGUAACAUGUGUUACACUGCAGCAAAGCUGGACUUCAGAUUACAUUUGUGGGAAUCCACAAAGAAAUCUUUUUAAAAAAAAGACAGACACAAGAGACUGCAGUUGCUGGAAUCUUGAGUAAAAAGCAAAUUGCCGGAGUAACUUAUUAGUCCGGCAGCAUCAAUGGAGGGAGAGGGGCAGAUUACAUUUUGGAAUGAAACAAAAUCUUAUCUGUCCAUUUACCUCCACAGAUGCUGCACGACGCACUGAGUUCCUCCAGCAGUUUGCUUUUUACGUUUGAAAAAAAAAACACACUUUUCCCUUAAAGCUUGGAUACAAUGCUUUUCUUUGUGCAAUCAGCUGACAGCACUGCCAAUUAACUCUCUGUGCACCCCUCAUAUGCUCAAAAGAAAUAAAGUCCCAGCUUAUCCAACUUCAACCCUGCAAGUUAGGUAACAUCCUGAUGAAUCUCUUCUGCACCUUUUCCAACUUGAUGACAUCCUUCCACCGUCCUGCAUCAUGUUGUCCCAACUUUUGUACUUGUCCUUACUGCCCUCCUUAAAUAAUGGAACACCAUUGGUCACCCUGCAGUCUUCAGGAACACCCCUGUGGCGAAUGAUCAUGCAAAUAUUUCUGGAAGGACCUCCACUAUCUUCUCCUUAGCUUCCCACAGGAACAGAGGGUGUGCCUGGUCACACCCUGGGGAUUUAUCCACCUUAAUGCCCAUGAAAACCACCAAUACCUCCUCUUUGUAUCAUUCGUAUCUGAACUAAGACAUAAUAUCUAUUGUGCCUCAAUUCCUGAGCUUCUAAGAUCUUUUCCUCAAUAAAAACGGACGAGAAGUAUUUAUUUGAUAUCUUCUCCAUAUCUUGUAACAACUCUACACAAAGACACCCGUGUAAUCUUUAAGGGGACCUAUUCUUUCCCAGGCCACCUUUUUGAUAUACCUGUCGAAUCCCUUUGGAUUUUCUUUUACCUUGAGUACCAGCUACAUUUCAUGCCCUUUUUUUGUGCUCUGUUGAUUUUCUUCUUAAGUGUCCUCCUGCACUUCUUGUAAUCACAGAGGGUUUCACUUGAGCCUGGCUACGUAGAUCUGACAUAUGCCUGCUUUUUCCCAACUAAGGCCUCAGCAUCUCUCAUUAACCACGAUUUCCUUAACUUGACAGCCUUGUCCUUCAACCCUAACAGGAACAUGUUGCCCCUGUACUCUUGCUAUCUCAAUUUUGAAAGCCUCCCACUUGCCAGGUGUCUCCUUACCUGCGAACUGAUCUUCUAAUCGAUCUCUUCAAGUUCCAGUCUAAUGCUUCCAAAUUCGGCCACAAUUUUGGUUCUUAACUUCUCCAUAGCUACUUUAAAACUAAUGGAACUAAUGGUGCCAAAGUGCUCCCCGGUGACAAUUCCGUCACUUGCCCUACCUCAUUCUCUAAGAUGAUAUCCAGACUUCUGCCUUCUCUCGUAGGGCCCGCUCUAUAUUGACUGAGGAAGCUUUCUUGGACACAUUAAACAAAUUCCACUCUUUACACUACGGAGACCGAGUCAGUAUCAAGGAAUUUGAAAUCUUGCCACUAGCAGAAAAUUGAAACCAUCUCAGAGUCUAAUGAAGACAAAGUGGGUGAAUUUUAUCAAUGCUUUUCCCCAGUUGUAGUCGCUUCUACAACUUCAAUGUGUAUUUGGUAAAAACUCAAUUUAUGUGCAAAAACCUUUGCAGUAAGAAAAGCUCUGAGAAAAUUCAUGAAGCAUCUAUUUCCUGGAAUCCCUCAGUGCCAAUUGGAAAAUGUUGAUUUAAUUAACUGCAGGGUCCCAAAUGAUAUUGUCUUGAUUUAUAAAUUGAUAGAAAUCAGUUGUGAGGAAAGUUUGGACAACCUGGGGUUGUUUGUAACACAGAGAGAGCGAAGGAGGAAUUUUAAUUGGUAUCUUAAAUGACAUGGGCCUUGGACAAAGAAAGACAAGAGAGAGGAAUAAAUUUGAAGUGUUAGAAAGUUAAGAAAUGGCUCCACGCUUAAAUUGAUGGACUUCUAGAAAUCAACAUCUGGUGGGGAGGAUUUGCAGAGCCUUCACUACAUGUGGAGCAUUUUUGUGAAGCAGCUUCUCGAGAUUGUUUUCUUGCUCUGCAACUUCUGAUGAGGCUAAAGUGAGAUCCAGAGGCUGUGCCACAGUGGGGAAGGAGGUGCUUGAUAAAGUCAAUAGGUUCUUCUUCUUCUUUCGUGUGGCGUGCACAGCCUAAAGUUGUUGGACAACUUGUUCUAUUUGAUCUUCCGUUUGUGCACGUCGAGUUGAUUGCAUUAGUCGAAACAGGGCGGACAACGUGAAGGUUGCAAUCUUCCACCCCAGUCAAUGGGUUGAUAUUUUGGGACAUCGAGCGCUCUGCCCAUCAUUUUUGCUGAGGCUCCAUGUGCUCGCGAUGGAGGAAAUUCAAAAUUGGUGGUGGGAGCCCAGAUGCUCCUUCGCCAUUUCAGGUGGUCAUUGGUCAAGGAUUUCUAUGAGAUGGCGGAGAUGGUUCAAGGAAGCUUUGAGAACUGCCUUUAAGUAUUUUCCCUGUCCUUCCAGCAAUCUCUUGCUGUAAUAGAUCUUUGAUAUACUAUUUAAGAAUGCUGCUUAUAUAACCCCACAUUCAUAGCUGGCUGAGCAUUAUUGGAGGAAGCUGGAAGAGGACACUGACAUUAUUUAUUCCGCCAAUGGAUUUGAAUGAUUUUUGCAGAAAGACAUUGAUAGUAUCUCCCCAGUGCUUUAAGGUAUUAUCGUAGGAAAACCAUGUUUGUGAAGCAUACCAGAGCAUGGGAAUCACUGCUGCCUCGUAGACCAUCACUGUUACGCCAAGUUUGAAAUCUUGAGCUUUGAUCGCUCUUUUCCUCAGAAACCCAAAGGCUCUGCUGGUGCAGUAGAAAGAGAAGUGAACAUUUUCAUAAAGGCUUCUCUUUGCAGAGCAGGAUUUGGGAAAGAGCCACCUUUUCCAAUGUUUCUUCACGGACCCAUAUUGUCAGGGGGUUGUGUUGUGAGAGGAUGUCAAGUACAAUGUCGAUACUCUGGAUUGUUUCAAUGGAUUGAACCUUGGCCUGUCAAUGUAUAUUUGCAAGAAUUGUCAGUGCAUUGAAGCACAUUGUGACUGAGGUUGGAAUGACCUUAGCUCUGGAAUGAAGGUGACAUUGGUUGAAUGGUUCCCCAUUCAUUCGCUUCAGCAAGAAACUUGCAAAAGGUGAGGUGCAAUAUAUGAUCAUACAAAAAUGAGUAGAGGUUUGGAGCAAUAACAAAGUAUUGACCCCGGUCUUCGAAUAACCUGCUUAGAAUUAUCGCUUGCUUGCCAUCAUUUAGCAGAUGAAGAAUGGAAAUUAUUUAUUUUGAGGGCAGAUGAAUUUGAAAGGGAUACUCCACAGUCUUGCAGUUGGUGAUAUGCUGUAAACUAUGAACUGAGAUCCGAGAUGUGGUAUUGCACUGGGGAAGUAUUUCUCAGUCAGCAUGGACAAAUGGCCAAAGAGCCUCAUUCAAAGCCAUUAAUUUCUAUAAUUCCAUCAGUUCUUUUGAACCUGUGCCAGCUCUCUGUAACCCUGAUGAUCUUAACAUAAUUUCCAUUCCUCAGGGCAAUGUGUAAACAUACAUACCCAAGUGUCAUUGCAAGGGUUGCUAUGGUAAUUGUAACUGCUUAAAUCUGUGUGAGUAGUUAGAGUAGCUUGCUAUUAACAUGGAAGUGAUUUCUCUGAAAUUCAAGUCACAUUCUUGCUUACCAUGGUUCCAGAUAGCAACAGUGACUCAAAAGUAAUUUAUUGGUUGUGAAAAGUAACAUUAUUACUCUCCAUAGCCUUGGAAUGUCCUUGGGUAAAAGUCACCAAAUUUAUGUAUGUUCUAUUUCUUGCUCUUUAAACGGUUUGCAUGGUUCUUCCUGAUCCAGCGAUGACACAAUUUUCUGCUUAAUUCUCCAUUUCUGUGGUCGAUUCCUUUUGCACACAACUACCAAAUGGGGCCUUUCAUUCCAGUUUGGCCCAACAUCUCAUAUCACCAAUCCCACUGUUGCAAGGGCCGUUGUCACUUUCUCAUGUUGCCUUGUCCAACACAUUUUUUUACACUUGUCCAUGCUUUGGAAGGUCAGUGCCUCACUUACAGGACACCACUGGAGCAAUUUCCAGGAGCUCCUUUUGUCCCAUGCCUUUGAUGCACUCUUGUCCCACCUUUUUGCAACCUUACCCGAUCCAAGCUUCUCAAAACUCUUCCAUGCCCACGUUGCGUGGUUCAUUUUUUACUUCAACCUCUUUGUCACUAUUGUUCAGCUCUCCACUGCAGGCAAAUAAACUUCCGAGGCAGAUUUCAGAGUGAGACGUUGUGAAAGAAAUGGGAUUUUGAUAUUCCGCGUAAGCACUGUGAAGAGAAAAGGGCAUCUUGUGCAGGGGUCUAAGUGGGGAUAUUGCAGGGUCACUGGCUGUGGGCGCUGUCACAGCAGAAACAACAGUAUUGGGGUGAUUUUGUUUUCUAAGAAUGAUGAUGAAGGAGAACAUCAUGUACACCACACCAUUUUGUACAUCAUGAUUUCAAUAAAAAAAUCUUUUUGCUAACAGAAA